AUGGGCACCGAAGGACUGAUCAGGCCUACAGUGUUUGGCUUCUCAAACUCCCCGGAGAUUCCCUCAGGACAGCAAAACUCCGGGUUUCUCGACCAACGGCUAGCUCUCAAUUGGACUCAAAACAAUAUCAAACAGUUUGGUGGUGAUCCAAGCAAGGUCACAGUAUUUAGCGAGUCCGCUGGCGGCUGGUCAGCCAAGCAGCUUCUUGCUAUACCACCUUCGCCACUUCCAUUUCAAGCAGCAAUUAUCGAAUCAGAGGCACUUGAAUUGCCCGGAAAUGGAACUGCGAACUACCAGAAUGUUUCGCAACAUUUCAAUUGCACUGAUAUCAAUUGCCUUCGUAACGUUUCGAUGAGCAGCAUUCAAGACUAUGUCUCGAAGAAUAAUCUGUUUUUUAAACCAGUUGCCGACAAUGCGACUUCUGUCUCGGAUAUAAGAAACAGCAUCAACAAUGGCACAUUUGCUAACGUAUCAAUGAUCAUUGGGACGAACAAGAAUGAAUUAAGCCAAUUGGUGUUCCUAAUCUCAGGCGGUGGCACUUUCAAUGUGAACCAAACCUUGGACAACAUAUGCGCCGCAAUCCACAUACAAAAGCCUCUCUGUAACUUAUUUAUCGGGCAGCUUCAGAAAUUGGUGGGGGGUAACUUGACCUGGCCAGACAUUAGCCGCAUUGUUACAGAUACAGUCUUCACCUGCCCUACAGGGGCCAUCGCCAACUACACAAGUGGACAUGGUCUCAAGGUCUGGCGAUACCGUUACUCAGCUUCUUUGAAUGAUACAGGAACAUUCCCUGGAGAAGGCGCGGUUCAUGCAUCUGAGGUACCGAUAGUAUUCGGUACCUAUCCAACUGAGAAUGCAACGGACCAGGAAGUUGCUCUCAGCAAGUAUAUGCAGCAGGCAUGGGCCAGCUUUGCGAAGAACCCAGACGGUGGGCCCGGAUGGCCCCAGAUAGGUACGAAUGGAGGUCUUGAACUGGCUGAUAUUGGUAGCGGCAAUAGUUCUGGGGAAAACAACAUCACAUUUUGGGAGGCGGACAGUUACUGUGGCACUCUUCUUGGGUAUGCUGAACAACUGGGAUUUGCAUGGUAA